CAUGCUGCCUUACAACAUGUCUAUGGCCGCAAGGAAAGGGUUGGACAACGUUAGCAACACGGUGGCAUUGUUGCUGGGUUUGUUCUCUUCUCUGUAAAUAUAAAAUAUCAAUAUUUCGCCUAAGAGAAGAUGAAUAAUGUCAGGACGAACUCGUCUCGGAGAACGCCGAAGCUUCUCACCUUAGCUUAGCUUGCUAGCUGCUAACAAAGAGACAAAGCGGAAGUGAUCGACACGUCCCUAAAGUGUUGUGAUUGUGUGAAAAUGUGCAAAGUAGAAAUGCUGAGAGUGUUGGUGAAGCAGCGACUAACUGCUGCUGUGGAAGAAAUAUUUGUAGUGUUAGAAAGAACCAUAGCAGAAUACGAGGAGGAACUUUCUAGAAGAAAAGAGGAGAACGAGCGACAACGUCAACUACUGGACGCUCUUUUCAACAAACAUCAACAAACAGGAGCUGUUAGGAUUGCUGAGGGAGAUGACGGCAACAGACAUCAGGACAUCAGCGAAGAACAUCCUCUCCCUGAGCAGCAGGAAUGCAACUCCAGCGUGGAACAGGAGGAGCCACGGUCACCCCACUUUAAAGAGGAAGAGGAGGAACACACUAUCAGUCAGGUGGGAGAGCAUCUAGGAGGACUGCAUGAGUUCCCAGUGGUUGAUGUCCCUGUGAAGAGUGAAGAAGAUGAGGUCAAAGGUGAAAGUGAGGCGGGGAGACCAAGCAGCAGCUCAACUCAACACAUGACAACAGAAGGUGAGGGAGACCACUGUGGAGGAUCACAAGCAGACAAGGUCUUAGCUCCACUGUCAGAUAGUGACCACACAACUUCACACUCUUCUGACACUGAUGAGGAAGACUCUAAAGCUGAUAACUCUGAAAACUUCAAAUGCUCUCAGUGCGACAAAACUUUUAGUCACAGUCGUACUCUGAAAAAACACAUGAGAAGUCACACUGGACAGAAACCAUAUUCCUGUCCAGUGUGCGACACACAUUAUAGUCACCACUCGGCACUGGUUCAACACAUGCGUACACAUGAUUGGGAGAAACCUUUCACCUGCUCAGUUUGUUGUAAAACCUUCCUUUCGAAGAGGUCACUGACAGAACACACAAGAACACACACUGGAGAGAAACCCUUUACGUGCCAAGUUUGUGGUAAAGAAUUCCAUUUAAAGAGGUCUUGGACAGAACAUGCGAGGACACACACUGGUGAGAAGCCCUAUCAAUGCUCGAUGUGUGAUAAACACUUCUCUCGAAGGUCAUAUCUGCAAACACACACACUAACGCACACUGGAGAGAGACCUUUCACUUGCUCAGUUUGUGGGAAAGGUUUCUUUGUGAAGGCGGCAAUGACAAAACACACAAAAAAACACACUAGAAAGAAACUUUUUACGUGCCAAGUGUGUGGUAAAGAAUUCCUUUCGAAGGGGUCUUUGACAGAACACACAAGAAGAACACACUCCUGGGAGAAACUAUUUAAGUGCCAAGUGUGUGGUAAAGAGUUCCUCUUGAAGAGGUCUUUGACAGAACAUACAAGGACACACACUGGUGAAAAACCUUAUAAAUGCUCAGUUUGUGAUCAAAACUUCUCGCUAAGGUCACGUUUGCUAACACACAAACGAACGCACACUGGUGAGAAACCUUUCACCUGCUCCUUUUGCGGGAAAGGUUUCUUUGUGAAGAGGGAUUUGACGGAACACACAAGAACACACACUGGAGAAAAACCGUACUCGUGUUCAGUGUGCGACUCACAUUUUUGUCACCAUUCAGCGCUGACUCGACACAUGAGGACACACACUGACAAGAGACCAUUUAUCUGCUCAGUGUGCGGUCAAGCUUUUCUUUCCAUGGCGUCCUGGACAGAACACACAAGAACGCACAGUGGUGAGAAACCUUUUGCCUGCUCAGUGUGCGAUCAAAGCUUUUCUGUGAAAGCAAAUUUGAGGUCACACAUGAGAACACACAUCGGACAGACAUGAGGUGGCAGAUUCAAACCACAAACUUAUGUAAAUAUGGUUUUAUAUGAUAAGUUGUGAUGUACUAGCCGCUGUUAUCAAUCUAACUUCUUCCUGACAUGUUUCAUGCUAUUAGACUUAGACUUAGACUUCCUUAUUAUUGUCAUUCAAAUUUGAACUCUACAGCACAGAUAAGAACGAAAUUUCGUUACAUAAGCUCAUGAUAGUGCAGGAUAAAAAAAGGCAAUAAGGUGCAUAUAUAAUAAAAUAAAUGUAUAUAAAUAAUAUAUAAAUACAUAUAUAUAAAAUAAAUAAAUAUAUAAAAAUAUAUAUAUAAGUAAAUAAAUACAUUACUGUACAGAUAAAUAUAUUGCACUUUUUCACAUGCGUCCACGUUUAUGGAUGUAUGUUAUAUUGUCUUUUUUAUUCCAGCGAGUUAAUCCAUUUUGGGAGGAGUUGAGGGGAUGAUUUCAUUAUGAUGCGUUCAAGAAGUUUACGGCCUGAGGGAAGAAACUGUUACAGAACCUGGAGGUUCUGCUUCUGAGGCUGCGGAACCUCUUUUUAGAGUCACAGCAGUGAAAACAGUCCUUGGUGGGGGUGGGAGGAGUCUGUGCAGAUUUUCUGAGCCCUGGUCAGGCAGCAGCUUUUUGCCAACUCCUGGAUAGGAGGAAGAAGAGUCCUGAUGAUCUUUUCCGCCGUCCUCACAACUCUCUGGAGAGACUUCCAUAUUGCUGCCUUCAUUAGCAAUAAACAUGAUCUGUCUAUUUGUACUGUUUUUUUUUUUUAAACCAAUCAGCCGAUUACUUUAAUCACUGUACAAUUAUGCGUGAAAAAAUAUCACAUUUUUGGCCACCUGAAAGUCACAUUUUCAGGGGCCGGGGUAAAUAUUCCACACCUGGGUUGCAGUACUGUGGAAGGAGAUUGUGUCCUUGUUUUAUGAGGGCUGGUGGCAGAUCCUUGUUAACGCUCCCAUGAAUUUACCAUGAAUUGACUUAAAGAAGUUGAAAAACUUAUUGGGGUGUUACCAUUUAGUGGUCAAUUGUAGGGAAUAUGUACUGUACUGUGCAAUCUACUAAUAAAAGUUUCAAUCAAUCAUUCAA